UCAAUUGCAAUCUUAUACCUACCUAGUCGUUUCACGAGCAUUGCAUGCAUUUGCAAUUUUGCAUGAAUUUUUGCACACAAUUACAUAUUACAAUAAGAAUUAAAUUAUUUAUUAAAUUGCAAUGCGAAAAAGUAUAUUUUAAAGACUAAGUUCUAGUGACUCUUCGUUAUAUGACGGGUAUAAAUAUACGCACAAUAAUUAUUGUAAAGACAAAGGCACAAACUAUAUAAUAAUAAUGUUGAAAAUGAACGGCGACAUAAAAGAGGCAUUUUCUAUCAUAAAACCAGUUUGCGAUGUGGUAAUGGUGUGUCCAUCGCCUGAAACAAUAGCAGCCUUCACAUCCAGAGUUUCGAAUUUGAAGAAGGAGGUAGUUCAAGAACUUCAACAGUACUUGCUGUUUCCGUUCAUCACACACAUAAAAUCUUCUGAAAUUGCAAAAAAGUACGAGCUACAAUGCCGCUUGAUAGACGCUAUGAGAGUGGUGCUAGAACGGGUGACGGUGAACAGCCCGGAGAUGUGUCUGAAGAUAGAGACAGGUCUGCUGCAGCUGGUGUUCGAUAACUCCAAGGCUGGCAUGAUCGCCGACGUGCCAGAAGAGCUGAAGUACAGCGUGAUGCGGACACUCACAGUGCUCGUGUUGAACCUCGACAAGCACUUCAGGGAGAGGCUGCUCAAGACUCAAGUACCUCUCCUGGCGCAAGUCAUAUUUGUUGCUGUUCAUAUCGCCAAACUGGAGAAAAUGAGAGCCCUUAGGCUAUCAGCCAUAGACUGCCUCACAGCGCACACGUCGACGCACGCGCAGUUGACCAACAGCAAGUGUCACGUGACAGACGCCAAUCUGGAGAAGGCCGUGGUGGAGAUGCUGUCCAGCAUCCUGCCGGGCGUGCUGGCUGCCUUGCAAGACGUCGCCACGUGCACUGACAAUCCGGGACAUGCCCUUGUUGCGGCGUCAAUAGAGGCGACCCAUCGCAUCCUUUGCAUGGUGAUGCACGACAAACAUAUAAUAAAGAAAACUGACGUCACAGCCGAAGACAUUGCCAAGAUGGUGCAUGAGAAAUUCAAUAUGGCCGAUACAGAAGUAAGCAGUAAGGAAGACCCGAAAGACGUGCCGAAACGUUCGCCGGAAUGGUACGCGAUGGCGGGGGACAAAUUGACCCUUAUUACGAAGAGCUUAGCGCCUCUGAGGACGCACGAGCACUGGAAAGUGAGGAAGGAACUGGCAGUGUUCUGUCAGAGAAUUCUGCAGGAGUGUCACACGAGCAUGCAGUCCUCGGUGCCUAUAGUGCUCGACAUCCUGAUCUCCCUGUCAAAAGACGAGUAUCCAGCAGUCUCGCAGUAUUGUACCGCCGCCGUUAACAGGUACUUCGGCACAAACAGACACACAACCACGGACGGCUUGUGCGAUAACCUGAUGGAUGCGCUGAAUUGUUUUCCAAAGGUUAUGAAUAAUAUUGAUUCUGCGCGAAAACUCUCAGCUCUGAACCUCGUUCAUGGCUACAUUCAAGUGAUGUCGGACGGUUCUCGUCCUCAACAACUGACGACAGCGUUGAGUGUUCACACCAACAUGGAGUGUUUGUGCAGCGCGCUGGCAGAGGUCGCUAGUGUACACACAGAUCUGACCAUGCUGACCCAGCAUUGUAUUAGAGACGUCACGUCCCCUCCCCCCGCCGCCUCCCCCUGGUGUCGCCUGCGCCUCUGCGACUCCCCGCAGUGCGAGCGGACGUUACGAGAUAUAUGCGCUCUAUUAUCUGCGGCAGAAUGUGCGGAACUAUUGUUGGAUCGGUUGCUGGAAUUGUUUCAAGGUCAAAGAAGCUGCGAACAUGCCUGUUUGAUCAACUGGAUGGUGGCUGGUCCGAACUCAUCGCCAAGCCUAUCGCGACGCGUCCUAGACACCUACAUAACCUCAGAUAUAUGGUACCUGCCGCUAGAGGUCGCUAAUUCAGACGCGCCGCUGACGUCACAGGAUACAUAUGACGUCACUGUGUACAACCCGCGCGCGUGGCACAAGGACAGUGUGCCUGACCUAUACGAAGGCGCAACAGAGAUCCGUUACACGGACAUCAGUUACCAAACGCCGCGUCAGCCGCCACUCCGCCACCCGAACAGUUGCGCCACUCUCAAGGAAGCCCAACACAACAUGGCCUUGAGUUGUCUGCUCACAGAGGGCGUUGGCAUCGCCGCCAUCAGACUGGGAGAUAUGUACCAGCCUUAUUUAUUGAAGACGCUGUGUCUUUUGUUGGAAAGAGUAGGCAGUAAAUACGAGAUGCUCCAUCUGGCGGGACUGAAAGCUAUCAAUGACGUGGCGAAGGCGUGUGGACAUUCAAAUGUAGGAGAACUUAUACGAUGUAACGCUGAUUACUUCACUAGCCAAGUCACGCUUAGACUCAAAAAGGCUUGGAACAGCGAGUCAGCGUUACAGAUUUUAUCCGUCGUCAUGGAAUACAGUGACUCCAGUAUAUUAGACUGUCUGUACGGGAUUGUUGAAGAUGUUUUAGUCCAAAGCUGUGAUAAAUACUACGAGAAGAAUCUACAAUCAUACUUGCAAGUGUUCGUAACAUUCAUAGAAUGCAUACGGCGGUGGUUCCCUCUAGCGGAAAACACAGAAAACAAAUCCACAAAUAUAGAUAUAGACGUUUUUAGAGAUGUCACAGAACAUAUAAAGAAUAAAGAAGAGUCAGAAAAGUUGAUGAGUAAUGAAGAGUUUGAAAGAAAUACCGGGAAGAGUGUAGAAGAGAUGUAUAGAGAGGAUAUCAAGAAGAAAGAAGAUGAUUUUUUAGAUUACGACGACACAGUCACGAGUGAGAAACCGCCCCUACCACAGCAUAUAAAAGUGACAGUGACGAUAAUAAAGCGCUGCCUCCACUUCGUGACGCCGUGGAGGCGAGACGAGGCGAUACUGGCGAUGCAAGUGCUGACCGCAGCGUUGCCGCUGCUGCGAGAUUAUGAAGACGAAUUGUUGCCCCUUGUGCACCAAUCGUGGUCGGGGCUGGUGUGUGUGGUCGGCGCUCAGCAGCCGGCCGCGCUGCGCGGUGCGCUGAGUCUGCUAACUGUGAUGGCCGCGCUGGCCAAAGACUUCAUACUCAACAGAGCUGUCAAAGAGGUACUCCCGCACAUAUACAAGUACCUCCACACGUCAUCAUCAGACAGCUAUCUUAAGGACGCAGGGUCCUCCUACCGCACCAGCCAAGCGUAUUCCCUGCAAGUGGCCGCACUCACGGCCUUACCGGAUUUGGCUGUGAAUCUCAAAAUAGAGGACGAUAGGUUGGAGGACACUAUGAAUUGUGUUGAUGCGUAUUUGUGUAAUAAACAGCCGAAGCCUUUGCAGGCGCUGGCAGUGGAAUUCUUCAAAAAGAUCUUGGAUUACGACUUCUGUGCCGCUUGGUAUCACCUACGUAAACUCUGCGACAACACCCAUGUCUUGGAACCUCGUGAUAUUCAACAAAUGAAACUAGAAACAAUUGUCGGUACACCUUUCGAAGCCACUAAUAAAGAAUACGAUGCCAAUAUAAAACUGAUAUUCAAUCACGCAACAAGUUAAAUUUUUAAUUCCAAGUAAAUUAUCUACUCAUUAAAAAUGUAAAUAAAACACUCAAAUGGCAUUUAAUAUUUUAUUUUAUAAAACACAGUAUUCACUGAAAUAAUACCCUUCAAUGUACAUGUUUAUUCUAUUGAUCCACUCACAUCUUUGAGAAAUCAGUCUCGUGCAUAUUUAAAAAUGCAUACUAAUAAUACCUUUUUGCUUGGUCGAUGUUUUAAAUUGGCAAAAUUUUGUGAUA